CUUUUCCAGCCUGCACCCCCAACUCCCUCGUCCCUAGCACUGCUGCAUCGCCAGCACGGUUUUGGUGGAAUGCCUUCUUCUGCUGCCCUUGGAAGAGGGGUGGUUUUGCUUGGGCAUUGGGGUGGGAGGAGCUGUGGUUAAGCUCUCAGUCCAUAGCGUUGACAGUCCCCCCCCGCCUUGUCUUUUUGUCCUUGGGACACACAGGGGCUGGGGGAAGGAGAAGGGGACGGGAGCAGACCCCGUUAGUGCAAGGGCAGGACGGGGCUGUCUUUCUCUCUCACUACUCCUUGUCUGUAUUCUUUAAAUACGCCACAAAGUCAGGCUGGAAUGGCAACUGGUGGUCAUUGAGCUGGGAAAAAAAGGGGUAGGAGGCAGGGGACUGGGCGAUUUGGGGACUGAACACCUGCCUCUGGCGCUGCAUCUGAGAAGCCUCUUGAGGGAGAAUGGCUGGAGCGGUGGGGUCCUCCAGUCGCGGUCUGGUGGCAGUUCCACUUCCCUCUUCCCUCUCCCCUCCCUGCCUCUGAAGAACCCGUGUGCUUGCCGUCAUACCCAGAGGACCCCCUGUUAUCCAUCUCAGUGAUGCCCCCUCCAGGAAUCCCCCCACCUUUUCCUCCAAUGGGGCUCCCCCCCAUGAGUCAGAGACCACCAGCCAUCCCCCCCAUGCCGCCUGGCAUCAUGCCCCCAAUGCUUCCACCGAUGGGGGCGCCACCACCACUCACACAGAUACCAGGAAUGGUACCUCCCAUGAUGCCGGGAAUGCUGAUGCCAGCAGUGCCUGUCACUGCAGCGACGGCUCCGGGUGCGGACACCGCCAGCUCUGCUGUGCCUGGGACCGGCCCUCCGAGGGCCCUGUGGAGUGAGCAUGUGGCCCCCGAUGGGCGCAUCUACUACUACAAUGCUGACGACAAGCAGUCCGUGUGGGAGAAGCCCAGCGUGCUCAAGUCCAAGGCAGAGCUCCUGCUGUCCCAGUGUCCCUGGAAAGAGUACAAGUCGGACACAGGCAAACCUUACUACUAUAACAACCAGAGUAAGGAGUCCUGCUGGACCCGGCCCAAGGACCUGGAUGACCUGGAGGCUCUAGUCAAACAGGAGGCUGCAGGGAAACAGCCGCAGCAGCCGCAGAGCCUACAGCCCCAGCCUCCUCAGCCGCAGCCCGACCCCCCGCCUGUGCCUCCUGGCUCCACCUUGGGCCUCCUAGAACCUGAGCCAGGUGGGGGUGAAGAUUGCGAUGUGUCAGAGGCUGGCCAGCCCCUGGAGCAGGGCUUCCUGCAGCAGCCGGAGGAGGUCCCCAGCAGUUCUGCUGGACAGCAUCAGCCACCACAGCAGGAGGAAGAGGAAUCCAAGUCAGAACCAGAGAGGUCUGGCCUCAGUUGGAGCAAUCGGGAGAAGGCAAAGCAGGCCUUCAAAGAGCUGCUGCGAGACAAGGCUGUCCCCUCCAACGCUUCGUGGGAACAGGCCAUGAAGAUGGUGGUCACCGACCCCCGUUACAGUGCCUUGCCCAAACUGAGCGAGAAAAAGCAGGCAUUCAAUGCCUACAAGGCGCAGCGGGAGAAGGAGGAGAAGGAAGAGGCUCGGCUAAGAGCCAAGGAGGCCAAGCAGACCCUGCAGCAUUUCCUGGAGCAGCACGAGCGCAUGACCUCCACCACCCGCUACCGGCGGGCAGAACAGACCUUCGGGGAGCUGGAGGUCUGGGCUGUGGUCCCCGAGAGGGAUCGAAAAGAGGUUUAUGACGAUGUCCUCUUCUUCCUGGCCAAGAAGGAGAAGGAACAGGCCAAGCAGCUCCGGCGCCGCAACAUCCAGGCCCUGAAGAGCAUCCUAGAUGGGAUGAGUAGCGUCAACUUCCAAACCACGUGGUCCCAGGCCCAGCAGUACCUCAUGGAUAACCCCAGCUUUGCUCAGGACCAUCAGCUGCAGAACAUGGACAAGGAAGAUGCGCUGAUCUGCUUUGAGGAGCACAUCCGAGCUUUGGAGAGGGAGGAGGAAGAGGAGCGGGAGCGGGCCCGGCUUCGGGAGCGGCGCCAGCAGCGCAAGAACCGAGAGGCCUUCCAGACCUUCCUGGAUGAGCUGCACGAGACAGGGCAGCUGCACUCUAUGUCCACCUGGAUGGAGCUGUACCCAGCAGUCAGCACUGAUGUCCGCUUUGCCAACAUGCUGGGCCAGCCGGGCUCCACCCCUCUGGACUUGUUCAAGUUCUAUGUGGAGGAGUUGAAGGCACGAUUCCAUGAUGAGAAGAAGAUCAUUAAGGACAUCCUUAAGGACCGGGGCUUCUGCGUGGAAGUGAACACAGCCUUUGAGGACUUCGCCCACGUCAUAAGCUUUGACAAGAGGGCUGCUGCGCUGGAUGCAGGCAACAUCAAGCUGACUUUCAAUAGUCUGCUGGAGAAAGCAGAGGCACGGGAGAGAGAGCGGGAGAAGGAGGAGGCACGCAGGCUGCGGCGCAGGGAAGCUGCCUUUCGAAGCAUGCUGAGGCAGGCUGUGCCUGCUCUGGAGCUGGGCACUGCCUGGGAAGAGGUCCGUGAGCGCUUUGUGUGCGACUCAGCCUUUGAGCAGAUCACCCUGGAGUCGGAGAGGAUCCGGCUCUUCCGGGAGUUCCUGCAGGUACUGGAGACUGAAUGCCAGCACCUCCACACCAAAGGCCGAAAACACGGCAGAAAGAGCAAGAAGCACCAUCGCAAGCGUUCGCACUCGCCUUCAGGCUCCGAGUCAGAAGAGGAGGAGCUGCCCCCACCAUCUCUCCGGCCCCCCAGGCGGAGGCGGCGGAACCCCUCAGAGUCAGGCUCCGAGCCCUCUUCCUCACUUGAUUCUGUUGAAAGUGGGGGUGCUGCCCUUGGAGGACGGGGUUCCCCAUCCUCACGCCUUCUCCUUGGAUCAGAUCAUGGUCUUCGCAAAGCCAAGAAACCAAAAAAGAAAACCAAGAAGAGAAGACGCAAGUCGGUGCGUAGCGAAGGAGCGUCCGUUCAUGGCCCUGCUGUGUUAGGAGACGUCUUCGCCCGCCUCCCGGGCUGUCCUUCACGGGAACUGACGAGGCGGGCUCUGGGCUCUUACAGAACAGUCCCGAGAGCGAGACAGACCCUGAGGAGAAAGCUGGCAAGGAGAGUGAUGAGAAAGAACCAGAACAGGACAAGGACAGGGACCUCCGGCGGGCAGAGCUCCCUAACCGCUCCCCAGGCUUUGGAAUCAAGAAGGAGAAGACGGGCUGGGACACGUCGGAAAGUGAGCUGAGCGAGGGGGAGCUGGAAAGACGGCGGCGGACGCUCCUGCAGCAACUAGAUGACCACCAGUGACCCGACGAGCCCCCCUGCCCCGUCUGUGUGAGGCUGUGGCCUAGGUCACCCUCACCGUCCACUCCAGACUUCUUCCUUAGUCGGGUCUGUGUCCAGUUUUCCUCAAGUAACCCCAACCCCAACACACCGCAGCCAGCACCUCCCCAGGUUGCUCGUGGUGUUCAAGGUCCCCCACUUCCCGGACAACUAGUGCAGUCCUUGCCCUCAGCCCCAGACCAGAGAUUGGUGGUGGAUGCCGUGUGGGGAGGGUGGUGCCAGUAGAUAAAAUGUGAGGAGGGGCCUCAAGGAAGAGUGACAGGCUGGUGGACACAGCCUGGGUGGCAGAGGGCGGGGUCCCUACCCGCUAGAGUCAGUGCCUGCUCCUGCCUGCCCAGGCCCUUGGGCUUCCACCACUCCUUCCUCCAGCCCCAGGGCCUAGUGUAUGUGUGUUCUGUUUUGCUUUUGUUUUUUAAAUAACAGUAUUUAUAAAGUGACGAGUGGC